ACACUUUUAUGGGAUGUCAAAGUUUAAUCUUUCAUGAAGAGUUUUUCUCUAUUUGUUUCCUAAAAAUAUUUUUUCUUGUAACGUACAUAAACCGUACGCAUUUAGUUUCUUGUUUGUUUUAAUAUGGGAAUAGAAAACAUGCGUCGCUGGCCUAUGUACAUCGUGUUUGCGAUGUGCAUUUUACUCACCCUUUCACUUAUCAAUAGCUGGAGCUUGGAGACUGAAUUACAAAACAGAGUCGGUGAAAUAAGUUCACAGUUGCAACAAUGUUCAAAAACCCAAACGACAUGUAUGGAGGAGUCGUUAAUCCUGCUAGAACAGCGAGAUGGUUACAAUACAAAGAUGAAUACAUUGGAAAAAGACAAAAUAAAACUGAAUAAUCAACUUUCCGAGUACAACAGUAAAGUCUUAAAAGCCGAAACUCAAGCUAAUCGUACUUUAGUCGAUCUUGAUUUUUGUAAGACUGAGUUACAGAGCUUGAAGAAUCUCCAAGUGAGUAAGACGGCAACAUUGGAAACAUUGAGAUUGGAAAAAGAUACACUUUCCACUCAGCUAGCUGAGAGAAAAGAAAAGAUAGAGGAGUUAGAAAAAGAAAUAUUGAAAUUAAAAUCAGCUUUGACAACAAAAAGUGCACCAAAUCCAUCAGUUCCUUCAAAAGUAACUCCUGCAGCUCAGCCUCCAAAAUUAAGCCCAGCAUUAAAUGUGCAUAAUCAAAUCAAUGACCCUGCUCUAGAGAAUGAUGCUAAAGAAGAAAUGGAGGACCCGAAUGUAAAUGAUGGUAAUGAUUUUGAUCAACAAGUCUAACUAAGGCGACAGUCAACUAUUAGUAUGGUGUGAUACUCAGAUAUUCAGUAAAAUAGAUGUUAAAAGAUUUAAGUGAAUUGGACAUUCAGCUUAUUUGACUUCUACCUUCUUUAACUUAAGAUAUCACUAUCAUUUGAUAAUUUCAUAAUCAUAUUAACAAUUUAAAACAUUAUUGAAAUUCUAAAUUUAUAAAUAUAAAGUACAAUUAAUAUUUGUUUUAAUUACUCUGAGGUGCUGAAUUUAUGUUACAUUUUAUUAUGUUUAGAAUUUAUUCUCAAGACUUUAAGUUGAAUUUGCAUAUUAUGAAUUGCUUAUGUAAUGCAAUGUGAGAAAAUGGUUUCACAAAAGUGAGUAACAUUUUUUUAUAAACUUUAGGUCUUGAGUUAAACUAUUCUGCUACAUAUCAAUAGAAAAUUAGCUUAGAAAUAUGGUUUUGUUUAUUUGACUAAUUUCAUAUUCAUUAAAUCAAUAUUAUUUUAUAAUUUAAC